GAUGUGGUUCCCCUCUUAUAAAUAGACGGAGCCCUCUAACAUGGCUUCUCGAUUCUUGUUUUCUUGUUUAUCGUAGACUCUCUCCUGUUCUCUUUUUUUAUUUCUUGUCGGAGGAAGGACCGAAGGAGAAGUUCAGGUGUGUUGGGGGGGGUAAGAGAGAAAGAGAGCAUGUGUUUAGGGCUUUGUGUAGUGGGAAUAUAUAUGUGAGUCGGUUUAGUUGGUAGGUAGAAUCAUGGAAGCUGGAGCGAAACACGAGGAUUUUUUUUUCCAUUUUUUCUGCUUGAUACUUUUUUCUAGAGUGUGAGAAGCAGAAAAAUAGACCAGUGGAAUUUGGUUGUCUUUCUUUGGAUUCUGGUUUCCUGAGUGUUUUUUUUUUUUUUUUUUCUUUUUUGCUUUCUUGCUUUGUGGUGGGGUUUCUGUGGAGAACCAUGAACAAUUGGCUGGCGUUUUCCUUGGCCCCCCAUCUUAGCCUUCAUGGUCGUGGGGCUCACGGUGCCUCUGAGGAAGACGGUGGAAUGGGUUACAGUGGUGGGGAGUUAGGUUUUGGCGAGCAGAUGUCUGUGAUGCCAUUGAGGUCUGAUGGGUCUCUUUGUAUCAUGGAAGCACUGCGUCGCUCGCAGCAGAACCAUGAAGCAAGGCACUACGAGAACGCCAUGGCUACAAGCCGCGCAGCAGAAAGAGAAGGCCCCAAGUUGGAGGAUUUCUUGGGGACAGCUGCGGCUCUAGCAGGUCAAUACCCCAACUCCCAAAGCAACAGCCAUACCAAUCCACCACCUUCUUUUGACAACAUCUACUACCAAGACGCCCGCCAACAUCAACCCCCAAGGAUUAACAUGAACAUCCCCCAUCCUACCUUCAUUGCAACCCCAAUGGGGACGCCCAUGAGGAUGCCCCCAACGUUCAGAACGAAGUCUCAACUGUCCCUUCCUUUGCUUUCCACCAUGCCCACCAAGAGAGCGACUACUGCACGCAAUUGCAGAACCCCAACAUGUAUCAAGUACCAUUGGAGGAGCCUACGCCAAUGGAGAGUUGCGGUAGGGUGGCUGGCAUCUCUGGCCUCAAGUCAUGGCUGAGACAGAACCCAUCUCCGUCUGAGAAGCCUCCUGGUUGUGAACCAGAUCAUAAGGACAACCAACAACAGCAGAUCAUGGGUGAUUUCCAGUCACUGACCCUAUCCAUGAGCCCUGGCUCACAGUCUGGGGUGCCCUCUAACUUACCUCAAUCAGCAUCUGCAGUGUGCCUGGCCGCAGAAAACAGAAAGAGGGGGCCUAACAAAUCUCAAUCUUCUAGAGACCCUGUGCCUCGGAAAUCCAUUGAUACUUUUGGUCAAAGAACUUCACAAUACCGGGGUGUAACAAGGCAUCGUUGGACGGGGCGUUAUGAGGCUCAUUUGUGGGAUAACAGCUGUAGGAAAGAAGGACAAACAAGGAAAGGGAGACAAGUUUAUCUGGGAGGAUAUGAUAAGGAAGAAAAGGCUGCAAGGGCCUACGAUCUAGCUGCUCUGAAAUACUGGGGUCCUUCGACUCACAUCAACUUCCCGCUCAGCACGUAUGAGAAAGAGUUGGAGGAGAUGAAAAACAUGACGAGGCAAGAAUUUGUUGCUCAUUUGAGGAGAAAGAGCAGUGGGUUCUCCAGAGGUGCUUCUGUAUACCGUGGGGUGACAAGGCAUCAUCAACAUGGAAGAUGGCAAGCUCGAAUCGGCAGAGUUGCAGGAAACAAAGAUUUAUACCUCGGAACCUUUAGCACGCAGGAAGAGGCGGCCGAGGCCUAUGACAUUGCAGCAAUCAAAUUCCGGGGCGUAAAUGCAGUUACCAACUUCGAUAUUAGCCGAUACGACGUGAAGCGCAUCUGUUCCAGCUCUACUCUCAUUGGUAGUGACCUUGCCAAGCGCCCAGGCAAAGAAGCUAGCAGCUCUUCCACGGCUGCUGCUUCCUGCAAUGACGGUGGCGGCACACUGCAGCCCGCCUCAUCGGACCGCUGUCACUCUGCCAACAUGCUUCAAGAUCUUGGAGAGCCGGAAGAUUCCCGCCUUCUGGCGGAUCUCUCUGGUGGAGUCACCGGAAAUGCUUCGUCCCUGGUGCCAAGUUUGAGCAACCCCAACUCCAACCAGGGAAGUCCCAUGCAUUCUGCGUCAGACGGUGAUCAAGUUGCCCGGAAAAUGACGCUUUACGAUAGCUUGGCUACUGCCGGAGAGUUCCAUCAGGGAGUGUUCUAUGCUGCACAACCACCGGGGAAGAUGAUCAAGUAUGAGGAUGACAAUGCCAAUGGCGGGGACAGUAGUACUGGUGAUGGGGGCGGAGGUGGAGCUAAUAUGAAUUGGUUGGCCGCUAGCAGGCCCAAUCUGCCUGCUGUGGUUCAUCAGCUUCCCAUGUUUGCACUCUGGAACGAGUAAAUUAUCAUCAAAGCGGGGCCAGUGCUUACUGCAAAAUGGGGUGUCGUUAAUGUCAGGAUGGUGUAGGUUUAGCCAAAAAGAACAAAAAAAAAAAAAAGAACAAAAAGAAGUAUAUGUUAGCUUCCGGAUUGUAUUAGGAAAAAAAAGGAGGGGAAGAAGUUUUCUGGUGGAUUUUACACCGGAUGACAAUUUUGGAAAGCUCUGUAGCUACUUAAAAUAUUUAAAGUUUCUAUAUAUACAACAGGCAUAUGAUACCUUG